AUGAAACCCUCCACCAUCUUCGCCCCAUUGUUGUGUACCAUUGCCUCUGCGCAAACAACAACUCUUGAUGUUCUCUUCCCUGUUGAGGGCAUCAAGUCAGUCUACGGUACCGUAGUAGCAGCAAGCCCUCAAGUCACCACCUUCGCCCUUCACUGCGGCGAAAAGGUCGACAACGUUCAAUGCGAAAUUAUCGGUACCCAGACCGUGGUCGUUGGGCCAGAGACUUUGUCCAUCAACUACUCGUUUGAUGGGAACGAGAAGGCUUCUUACUUCUCUGAGGACCUGAACUGCAAGAUCAAGACCGCGGAGGCCAGCUGUCACAUCUGGAUCCAGACCAAGAACUCAGCCGGUGUAAAGGUGACCACGUCCUUGUCGAAGUAUGAAAUGAACACCAAAACCGGCCUGAUGCCUGCCAUCAUUACCGAAGGAGCUGAAAAGCUCAAGGCUCCAGAGGCCGCCGCGACUCCCACGCCAGGUGCUAUAACAUCCACUGCUGGAACUCAUGCACACGAGACGCAAGAAACUGUUGGAACCUCUUCAAUGCCCAUGCCUACUCCAUCCACGGCCACAGGUGAUGCAGCUCGGGGCAUGUCACUCCACGGUGCAGUGGUCGGGCUUGUUGCUGUCUCUGUAGCCUUCCUGAUUAUGUAG